UGCGAGCAAGAUGGCGCCUGCCGUGCGGGGCCUGAAGAGUUUGGUGUGGCACAAGCUGAAAUCUGCGAUAUUUGAUGACUGUAGGAAAGAGGAUGAAUGGAAGUGGUAUCCAGGAGAAAAUGACACUGCUGUGUGAUAUAUGAGCAACAGGAUUCAACAGUGCCAGACAGGCAAGGUAAUUCUCUUAGAUGAUUACACUACUAAAUUACUGUCGCUGUGCUGCAAAAUGACUGAUCUUCUGGCAGAGGGUAUCACAGUGGUGGAGAAUGUAUAUAAGAACCGAGAGCCUGUUCCACACAUGAAAGCAAUAUAUUUCAUAACUCCAACCAAAAAGUCUGUAGAUGGUCUUAUUGAUGACUUCAUCAGCAAAUCGUCCAGCAGAUACAAAGCAGCAUACGUCUAUUUCACUGACACUUGUCCUGACAACCUCUUCAAUAAAAUUAAGUCUUCCUGCGCCAGAUCAAUAAGGAGAUGCAAGGAAAUCAGUAUUUCCUUCUUCCCAAAUGAGUCUCAGGUAUUUACUCUCAAUGUCCCAGAUGCGUUCUAUUGCUGCUACAGUCCAACUCUAGAAAAUACCAAGGAGAAAGAUGCUGCGAUGGAAGCAAUGGCUGAACAAAUUGUUACGUUGUGUGCCACUCUAGAAGAGAAUCCAGGAGUGCGGUGUAAAAGCACUCCAUCAGAUAAUGCCAGCAGACUUGCACAGCUUGUUGAAAAAAAGCUUGAGAACUACUACAAAACUGAUGAGCAAAGCCAAAUAAAGGCUAAAACCCACUCACAAUUAAUAGUAAUCGAUCGAGGCUUUGACCCAGUAUCAACUGUCCUUCAUGAACUCACGUUCCAGGCAAUGGCGUAUGACCUGCUACCAAUUGAAAAUGAUACUUACAAGUACAAAUCAGAUGGGAAGGAAAAGGAAGCAAUUCUGGAAGAAGAUGAUGAGCUCUGGGUGAAGAUUCGACACAAGCAUAUUGCAGAUGUAAUAGAGGAAAUAUCUCAGCUGUUGAAAGAAGUUUCAUCGAAGAAGAAAGCAACAGAAGGAAAAUUAACAUUAACCAGUCUGGCCCACUUAAUGAAAAAGAUGCCACAGUAUCGUAAAGAGAUCACUAAGCAAGUUGUCCAUCUUAAUAUAGCAGAAGACUGCAUGAGCAAGUUCAAAGCUAACAUAGAAAGGCUUUGUAAAACUGAACAGGACUUGGCUCUUGGAACUGAUGCAGAAGGUCAAAAAGUGAAAGACUCGAUGAGAGUCCUCCUUCCAGUUCUGCUCAACAAAAGUCAUGACAGCUAUGACAAAAUUAGAGCUAUUCUCCUGUAUAUCUUCAGCACAAAUGGAACUACCCAGGAGAACUUGGACAAGCUGAUCCAGAAUGUACAAAUAGAAAGUGACAGUGAUAUGAUAAGAAACUGGGAAUACCUUCAUGUUCCUAUUAUGUCUUCAUCAGCUGUUCAGCAACAAAAGCAGCCCAGGAGGGACCGCUCUGCAGAAGAAACUUUUCAACUCUCCAGGUGGACACCUCUUAUAAAAGAUGUUAUGGAGGAUGCUAUAGAGAACAAACUGGAUUCAAAAGAAUGGCCUUAUUGUUCCCAGUGUCCUCCUACCUGGAAUGGCUCAGGAAUAGUAAGUGCUCGCCAGAAGCCUAAAGGUAGUUACCAAGAUGAGCGAAGGAGCAAUGCAAGAUUGAUUAUCUUUGUGAUCGGAGGAAUUACUUACUCUGAGAUGCGCAGCGCUUAUGAAGUUUCUCAAGCCCACAAGUCGUGUGAAGUUAUCAUUGGUUCUACACAUAUUUUGACACCUAGAAGACUGCUGGAUGAAGUCAAGAGCCUUAAUAAACCGAAGGAUACAGUCUGCAUCAAGGAUGAGUAGCAAUGGUGAUGCUUAUGAUGCUUUAGGCGAAGACAAAUAAAGUAGAACAUGUACAUAUUCUUGCACAGCUGACUCUUCCAGUUGGUGCACUGGGACACGGUGUGUUCCUGGCCAGCUGAAUGUCACUUUAAAUUAUAAAGAUGCUGCUCUUUUGGGAGGGGGAGAAGUAGAAGGCAGAAGAGAAAUAAUCAGGGUGUGCUUUUACAAAAGGGUAUGUUAGUCCCUAAUAAAUUAUAUAUGAGUUAUUCAGAUUAUAUAUGAAAUCUAAUUGUUUUUGAAAACUGUGAAAACUUUUUCUAAUAGUUUGUUUCUAAAGAUGAUUGAAUUAAGAAGGGUCUCAGCACUUAAAGGCUUCAGAAGGAAGUUUGUAAACAGAAAUGACAAAACAUUCAAUGCAAGUGCAGCAUCUUUGACUUGUUCUCUGUAAAAUAACUCACUGGAAACAUGAAUUAUGUCAUUGUUAAAAUGCAUUUUUUUUUUUCCAAUGGUAGUGGGUAAGGUAGAAAUACAAUCACAGACUUAACAAGCAGUUCUAACUUCAAUAAACAGCUUUGGAGAAAUGCUGAUAACUGUGGACCAAAGUGCACUGUAUAUUUAUGUAUAGGAAUUAUUACUAAAGCUUUUCAAAGAUAAUUUCUUAUAAACUUCCUGUUUGUCUACUUAAUCUAUCUAUUUAAGAAAUGAAAUUCUCCAUGACAGUGUUCUACUGGCUCCCAAACUAUGUAAAAUAUUAAAUGAACAUUAAAUUUCUGGGGAAGAAAUGAGAGAGAGGAAAAGAAGGGAAGGCAGAUGGUGAGUCUUUGGCAGGACGUGAUGCCUUAAUAAAUAAAGGAGCAAACAAUCAUCAAAACUUGUUAUCUAGAAAAUUCACUGUUCUUUUUGUGUAUACAUCAGUUUGUGUUCAAGUGGAUCAAAUAAAUUGAGCUCUGUCGUACCACUAA